UUCCUGGAAACGAACGGACAUAUCAAUAUGCAGCUGAUGGUUUUCGGGAGGAUGUGGACGCGCAGGCGUGUUGCGGUGUGGGUGGAUUUUGGGGCCCCGCGUGAACAGGGCGGCGUUUCUAUGGUGAGGAGGUCUUUGAUACGCCACAUGGACCAGGACACAUCGCACCUUCUGCGUUUGCUGUUAUCGCAUUUUUUCGGAUGAUACGUUGUAACAGCCAGCUACAUCUCUCCCAAAUCGGUCGUAGUCGCGUUUUGCAGUUGUGUUUAUGUAUUUAAGGCCCCUCGGCGCUGAUCAAGGGUCUCUUUGAAGCUUUUAUGUAAUGAUCCGCUCUGGCAAGGAAUAUUCUGGACUCUUGUCUUAGCUGAGAAUCAGUUUCCAAUCAAGGCGUCACCUUUGGAAAUGCGUCUUCCUCCGUUGGAUACAACUUGCCCUGACGAUCAUUUAUGAAUAAUAGCCUACAUCGCAUCCUAUUGUCUGUAGAUCUAUUCCACAGGGGUCUUUCACAUAAAGGACGGGGAUCUGAUUAAACAGCAGAGGCUGCCCACCUCCUCGAUCAUUUCAUCAUUCGUUCACCGAAUACAGAUUUGACGUUAAUGUUUCGCCAGGAGGUUGGCGUCCUGUCUUUUAUUCCGACUUGUUCGUACCUUUUCCAAUACGAACAGAGGAACAUGUCUCGGUAUAAUAUCUACAGUCUGCUGGACUGGAUGUAUGGAGGGGUGGACCCCAUGUUUGAGGGCAAUGGAGGCCCUGAGUGUGCAGCCUUCCUCUCUCCCCGACAGAGAAUAUUUGAGACUCUGAUCAUUGUGUUCUUUUCUAUCCUGGAAGUGGUGGUGGCUAUCAAAAAGAUCAAUGUCCCUAAAGAGGUCAGAGAUGUGCGGAAAGAUGGCAGGAGGAGCAAGGAAGACACCUGGGGCAAGAACCUGUUGCUUGUGGCUCUGUGCAUGACUUUUGGAGUUGAGGUUGGGUUUAAGUUUGCCACAAAGACUGUGAUCUACCUCCUCAAUCCAUGUCAUGUGGUCACAAUGGUGCAAAUCUUCCUGCUUGCAUGUCCCCCCUGUAAAACCGCCAUGGUUAUUUUUAGGCUUCAGGUCCAUAUGCUGAAUGGAGCCCUUCUAGCGCUUCUCUUCCCAGUAGUCAACACUCGACUGCUUCCAUUUGAGAAGGAGAUCUAUUAUAUUCAGCACUCCAUGCUGUAUCUUGUGCCAGUCUACCUCUUCAGAAAAGGAGGUGUGUAUAAGCCAGAGCCACUCAGAGACAUGUGGUGGGCGCUGCUGUCCACGGGCAUCCUCUUCCUCUACCACUUUGUGUUCCUCCAGGGCCUUGGAAUGUUGACAGAAGUGAAUUUGAAUAACAUGCUGUGUCCUGCUGUCUCUGACCCCUUCUAUGGACCAUGGUACCGAGUGUGGGCGACGGGCCACCAGACUGCCCUGACAUUACUGCACGGCAAGGCUCUGACCAUCCUCUCACAGCACACCGCUCCCACAUGCCGGUAUUUAUUGGAUAUAGCACAUCUACGCAACAAGAAGUUGGACUAGUGUUUUUAUCAGCAGACUUACAUGGACAAAACCUGAACUGGAACUUGUCCAGCUUCCUAGAAAAAAAAGUGUAGUACAUUAUAUAUAUAUAUAUAUAUACUUUUUUUUUUUCUUUUUGUUGUUUGGUCCAAACCUGGUUUCUCAAAGCUGGAUCAUUAGAUCGAAAGACUGUUUUAACACCAUAGGAGCAGGACUCAAGCAACAUAAACCUUGCCUUGUUCUUUUUAGUUUUAAAGUUUAGCAAAAUUAAGAUUCAUUGAACUCAGAACAGAUGUAACCUUUCUUCUCAAGUUGCCUUCUUUAGUUACAUUCAACAGGGGGCCAACCCAGUUCCAUUUACUCAACUGAUGCGCAGUUAUAAAUGCUGAAUUUCCUCACGCCUUGCAUGCUGGUGAGGCAUUUUUAAUAGAUUUUCUCAAAAUGACAUUCUGUUAAUAUUGUAGACCUGUUGUGGAAAGCAUAAAUGUAGUGGUACUGUGUCUAGGAGAUUUUCCAGAGUCUAUUUCCAGCCCCCAAGCAGUCUCUUUCUUUCAAACUGGUAUGUAAAUAGUUAUGACUAAAUUUUAAGCUGAAGCUAUUAGCUGUGGUCACGUCCACUAAACAUUUGCUGUUUGAUCAAGUUCACACACUCUACUGAUCAUAUUAUCCAUGGGAAAUGAUAGUGUUUUUUGUAUGUUCACAUGUAUACACAAAAAAGUCCAAUAUGUAGUCAAAUGAAGGAAAAAUAAGUUCCAUCACCAACCACAUUAGGGGCUCUUUUGUCCAGUCCCAAAACUGCUCUGAUCAAGUGUUUUCCCAGCUGUUUGCAUGUCAAGCCCAGAAACUAAGAUUUGCUGAACAGUUUGUGGCUGUUGCAGUCAUGCAAGAAAUGCCAAUUUGAGCGGUCUAGUGAAUUAUGGGAUCACUCUCAUUUCAAUGUAUGUAACUUGACUGAAAGGGAAACCUGUCUGUCUUGGUGUCAUUUUUGUACAUAUGUUUUUAUCAAUAUUAAAGGUCUUCUCCAACAUGUCAUUGAUGAAGACUGUCUUGGUUUCACAAGGUGUCAAAAAAAAAAUUUGUCUGUGAAGCAUAAAGACACCUAAUGCCUUAUUCUUUCAGAAUUAAUUUUUAUUGGAUAAAUGAUUUAAAAGGUAAUAACUAUAAUGUUUUAAAACUACAUUAUCAUUGCCACAGCCAUAGCUCACAUACCCACAUAUAACCCAUCUAUCCCCCCACCCCCAGCACAUUUUAUUUUUGGUGUAGAUUUUUGUAAUUUUUGUCUUUUUUUUUGUUUUUGAGCCAUACUACCAUAUUCAUAAUAAAUGCCCAUUUCAAGUCUCAUCACACUAACAGCAAUUCAGUGGGGUUAAAUGAUCUAGUUCUACAGGGGAGUUGUUUUUCUAUAUAUAUAUAUAUUUUUUUUUUUUCUACCAAGUCAUUACUUUAGCUAUUUCAAGUUUUUAAAGGAAGAAAAAAUCCAAAAUCAAAAUAGAAACAAAAAGUGGUGGGCAUAUGGGGCUACACCAGGCAACCCCGUUGCCCGCAAUAACAACACUGCAAGCUGUCAGUCAUUGAAGGGCAUUUUUAAAACUCAUCUUCUCAAAGUUCCAGAACAUAGAAAACCACUAAAAUAAUUUAGAAACUAGGUCCAAAAUAUUUUUUUUUUUAAAGAAUUAACUCGAUAUACAAAAACAGUCAUUGUGUUGACUUUUUUUUACACUUUUUUUUUUUUUU